AAAAUGGCCUUAUUCACGCUUACCUAGAUAUGGAGGCCCAACUCAUAAUAAGUUUGGCCCAACUCAUUAUAAGUUCCUGAAUACAAGCAGAACGGGAAAAGCUAACACAGUCGUACAGAAAUGGCUAAUGGAAUGAAGCCUCUCAUGAAUUGGCCAAAAUGGCAUCACUAUUUAUACGUUCGCGCCUCAUUCAUCCACUUGGUUCAAUCACAAUCUCCACUCUUCUCGACCUGCAAUGUCCGCCGACCGCCGUCGUUCACGGCAUCACCAUCCGCUUUCUGGCAAGCUCAUUUUCGUUCUGGCGCCGCUCUUAAAUCACGUGAAAGUCCAUUACGGUUGGAUCCAUCGGAGAGCGACAGUGAUUCCGAUGAAAAAAUAAGGAAGAGUCGCAACGAGAAGAAGCGUGAAGCUCGACGCGCCGUCCGGUGGGCUAUGGAUUUAGCUAAGUUCUCUGCACCUCAAAUUAAGCGCAUUCUCAGAGUGGCUUCAACAGAGCAAGAGGUAUACGAUGCAGUUAUGCUGGUCAAGAGACUAGGUCCUGACGUACGAGAAGGAAAGCGAAGGCAAUUCAGUUACAUAGGUAGAUUAUUGCGGGAAGUUGAGCCUGAAUUGAUGGAUGGUUUAAUUCAGGCUACAAAAGAUGGAGAUCAAAUUAAAUUUCAGGCUUUAUCUGGUUCGGAACUUUCGGCUACUGAAGAUGAUGAAGAAGAAGUUGAAGAGAGUGAAUAUGAGGAUGACGAAGAGAAUUCUGAGGACGAUAUUGUUUUAGCUGAUAGAUGGUUUGAUGGCUUGGUCAAUAAGGACGUUGACAUCUCUAAAGAAAUAUAUUCUCUAAGCGAGGUUGAUUUUGAUCGCCAGGAGUUACGUGGUCUUGUUAGGAAAGUACAAUCAAUACAAGAAAAGGGAAGCAAUUCAAACGAGGAAGGAAAAGUAAAUAGUGAUGUCGUCCGUGCAGAAAAGUCUCUCAUUCGUUUCCUUCAAGACCUAGCGAAGCAGCUUCACAGCUGAAUAGAGUAUCAGAUUAAUCUGGGGAUUCUGGAUGACAUGGGGAUUGAGAGCUUGUUUGUCUCUAUUGAAAAUUAUAAUGAAAGAAUCCUGUAGUCAUUCCUUUUUGCAUCAGCUGAUGGCAAUGCAAGACAGGAAGAGGAGUGUCUGCUUGUGUUGCUUGGAGUAAUAUACCACUCAUUGAUAGAUGGACAAAGACAUCGAUGACAUUUGCAUUGGGCUUUCCUGUACAAGUAAUGUGUUUUAUUCAGAAACUUGAGUGACAGAAAUUUGCAGAUUGUCAAAAUACAUUCCUUUCAAGUGAUAUUUCAUUUUCACUGUUUAAGACAUAUAUGAGUCAUCUUUCAACUUUAUUUUGUUGAUUCAUUGGACUGUAAAUUUAGAAUUUUCUUUGUUUAAUUUCAACAUUAACGGCAACUUGUUCAACGCAUGAUUCAUCCUUGGUAAAGAGAAACACUUCUCCAUUUAUUCAGGCAGACAGUGGUUUGGUGUAAUUCAAAAUUGCUGACUAAUGUUGAUGUGUACACUGUAUAGGUUCAGCUUA